CUCUCUGCUUAGGACCGCGCUUGACGUCGGCCACGGUGUUGCCUAGCAUGUUGCCUCGCACAGUACUAUCGAAAAAUAUCGCGCGGAACGCGUGCCAUGCUCGCCUGCUCUCUUCAACCCCUCGGCGGUUGGCAUCGGCGCCUUCACCCUUUACGUCUCCGUCCGACUCCUCUACUUCCACUUCAGACAACAAACCCUCGUCGUCAUCUCCAUCACCAUCGCAGCACUCGAAUUCACCGCUGCCAAAGCAAGAAGAUUCAUGGCUCACGAAGCAGGUCAAAGCGUCCCCGGCUAUGAAGUCCGUCUUCCUCCUGGCUGCACGCGCGUUGGGGUACGGCAGCCCACAGCAGUUCUCCAACCGGCGUGCCUUGGCUUUGUACAACACUUUAUGUGCGACACGAGUUGACGAGGAGAGUGCAUUUUGGCUGGAAAAGUGUGCCCUCCCACCAACCUUCCAAACAUGGUUCACAAUAACAAACCUGCACGUCUGGCUGCUCACCGUGCGCCUGCGCGCGCUUCCCUCCCCACAUGGCCGGGCCCACGUCCAAGGCCUCAUCGAUCACUUCUUCCAAGACACCGAGGAACGCGUACGCGCCGUUCUCCAGCCCGGCGUUCUACCCCCGCGCCAGUCCCUUCCCUCGAACCCGUCAAACUCAUACAACUACAACAACGUAGUCCCGCCACCAUCAACAACACCCGUCUCCCCCGCAGGAUACGACUCGCCCUACCCGCUGAGCACAUUCUACCCGACCCCGACCCCGCCACCGCUGAGCCAGCUCAGCCGCGCAGAGGCCAAGGCGCUCAAGCAGGGCCGCGCGCCGGAGCGCAUCAUCGUCCGCCAGAUGAAGAUCCUCAAGGAGCAGUGGAACGGCAUGGGCUUCGCGCUCGACCUCGGCCUCGUCCAGGGCGACGCGGAGCUCGCGGCCGUCGUGUGGCGGAACAUGCUCGGGGCGCGCGGUGCGCAGGGCAUCGAGCCGUCGCCUGCGAGCCCGUUCACAGGGAAAGGCCCCGCGCGCGUGCCUAGUGCGAAGGAGGGCGGGAGCGCGCUGGCGUAUAGGCGACACGUGAACCUUGUUGGUGGCGAGGUUGAGAAUGUGCAGAAGCUAGAGAAGAAGGGGAUUGAGAGUGAGGAGACAAGGGACGAUGGGUCGGGCGUGCAUGAUUUCGGACCUGAGGAUAUCGAUCGGUAUCUCACCUACCCCGAUACGAUGCAUCAGCUCGUGACCUACAUCCGACGCGAGGUCUCCCGACUUGAGAAGAUUGACGACGCCGUCAUCAUGGGUCCGCGCAAGAUGGGCCGUGAUGCCGAAGGCGCACGCACUCUCCGCUGGGGCUCUCUAGCAUCUGCAUCUACUAACUAGACCCGUCGCCGUAGUCGACCAGCUGGAUCAACCUGCGUACAUCGCGCUUAGUUUUGUCAAGGAUUAGGUCCAAGUGCUCCAUCUCGCAUACACAUAGACAUUUCGGCGUUGCCCCACUCAUACUGUUAAACUUCAC